AUGGAUGCUGUGGAACUUGAGAGGUUGCAAGAGGAGGCCACAUGUUCCAUCUGCCUGAACUACUUCACAGACCCAGUCAUGACAGCCCGCGGUCACAACUUCCGCCACGAGUGCAUCCAGGUGAGCUGGGAAAAGGGGGAGAGCAAGAAGAGGAAGAAGAAGCAGAGAGGGUCCUUCCCCUGCCCUGAGUGCAGGGAGCUGUCCCCUCAGAGGAACCUGAGGCCCAACCGCCUCCUGACCAAGGUGGCUGAAAUGGCACACCAGCACCCUGGGCUGCAGAAGCAAGACCUGUGCCAGGUGCACCAGGAGCCCCUUAAACUGUUCUGCAAGGCUGACCACAGCCCUAUCUGCGUGGUCUGCAGAGAGGCCCAGGAGCACCGGCUGCCUGAGGUGCUUGUGGAUGAGGGUGCACGGGAGUAUAAGCUGAAGUUGGAGGUGGACAUAGGGUACCUUCAAGAGGAGAUGGUGAAGACAGAGAGGUUGCAAGCCACAGAAAAACAGAUUUUAACCGAGUGGCAGGACAUCGUGAAGGAGAGAAGGGAACGCAUCCUGGAGGAGUUCCAGGUGGUCCUGUUCCUGAUGGAGGAAGAACGCAGGCUCCUCCAGGUCCUGAAGGAGGAGGAAGAGGAGACCGCGGGGAAGCUGCAGGACAAGGCCUCCCUGGACCACCAGAGCCGCUCCCUGGACCGCCUGCUGCUGCAGCUGGAGGAACAGAGCCAGCAGGAGCCCCUCCAGAUGCUGUAGGAUAUAAAGGACACCUUGACCAGGAGAGGCUCCCUCCCCAUGGCUAUCAAGACAGUGUGCAGAGUUCCUGGACAGAUUGAGGUGCUGCAAAGCUUCCAAGCAGAUGUAGUGCCGGACCCCCUGUCAGCGGACCCCUACCUCCUCCUGUACGAGAGCCGCCAGCGGCGCUACCUGAGCGUCCCGCCAGAGGGCGGCACGCCCAACAGCAAGGACCGCUUCGUGGCCUUUCCCUUCGAUGUGGGGUAGAAGAGCUUUUCCGCCCACUGGGAAGUGGGCGUGAACCUCAUCGGGGAUACGCUCUGGGCCGUGGGCGUGUGCAGAGACAACGUGAGCCGCAAGGACAGGGUACCCAAGUCCCCGGAAAACGGCUUCUGGGUGGUGCAGCUGUCCAAGGGGAAGACGCACUUGUCCCUGAUGCCCGGCUCCACCCCAGUCACGCUGACCGAGCCUCCCAGCCACAUGGGCAUCUUCCUGGACUUCCAGGCGGGGGAGGUGUCCUACAGUGUGAAUGACGGGUCCCACUUGCACAGUUACUCCCAGGCAGCCUUCCCGGGACCCCUGCUGCCCUUCUUCUGCCUGGGGGCUCCCAAAUCGGGCCAGAUGGUCAUCUCCACAGUGACCAUGUGGGUGAAGGGAUAGCGGCGUGGGACGAGGGCACAGAUGCUGGGCGUGCCCGGGCUCCCCAGAAGGCAGGGCGCUUCACCCACUGCGGCCACCUGCUGCCAGGCUUCCUCCCUAUGCGGGCAGGGCAGCUUCCCGAAAUACAGUCUCGAUUAAAGCGCUCAAAUGUGAACGGACUCUUGGUAGAUGCUAGAGGGAACUGUGGGAAGACUCAUUUCGGAGUAGGCUGAUUUCUAAAUAUAUACGUGCUCACCAGGCAGUUGGUGUCCUGUCUUGUUAGCUUUGCCCCUACCCCCAAGC